UCUGCCAUACAUAGAAGCUGAUAAAUUUGGAACCUAGAAAAAAACCCUUAACCACUCUUUCUUUACAGAAAUAUGUGUUUGCAUUACAUCUCAUUUUACUCAGUUUCAUGCUUGAAAUUUAUAUUUUCUCUGAAUAUCAAACUGCAAAAAAUGAUUCUGAUUUUUAAACAACACCAAAAUAUAAAUGAAAUGGAUAACAUUUUCCAAAAGCAGUGGCAAAAUAAGUGGAGCGAAAUAAUUCUAAUCUCAAAUAAUUUACGCUUCUUAAAGCUGUGGACAAGAUAUAGCCGUCAUAUUCCCUAUCCCAUUAAAUUCCAAGCUAUAUCCCAAGUUGAGAAUGAAAUAUUAAAUAUUAAUGAUAGCUAUGAUACUGUCACCAAUUCACAAUUCAUAGCUUUUAUUAUAACUAGUAUGUUUCCAAUUGAUUUAUAUCGAUUGAUUGGAUAGCCGUGUUAAAUUUCGUUGGGUUCAAUCAGUUCUUUUUCUACGGAGCAAGUUUCACUGUAAAGAAACAGCCUCAGUUUCCGCUUCCAGCAUGCUUUGCGCUGUUUAUCUAAACUAGCCGGCCAGAGGGACCAUGGCGAAUGUUGAAGAUGUGGAGUCUAAAAGCGGCAGCGGAGAAAAUGAUGAAAAACAAUUAGGAGAAGAAAUUAAAGUGAAAAUAAUUUGUAUCGGAGAUAGUGCAGUAGGAAAAUCCAAGUUAAUGGAGAGAUUUCUCAUUGAUGGAUACAAACCACAACAAUCGUCCACAUAUGCCUUGACUACAUUUAACCACAAAAUGAAAGUAAAUGGACAAAAGGUUUCAGUAGAUUUCUGGGAUACUGCAGGUCAAGAAAGAUUCAGUACCUUACACAGAUCAUAUUACCAUCAGGCACAUGCUUGUAUCAUGGUGUUUGAUGCGACUAGAAAAAUAACGUAUAAAAAUCUGAGCAAAUGGCUGAAUGAGUUGCAAGAACAUCGUCCUAAUAUUCCAUGUUUAUGCGCUGCCAACAAAAUUGAUGCUGAUAUGAAUAUGACAAAGAAAAGUUUUAACUUUCCUGAGAAACAUAAAAUGCCACUUUAUUUUGUAUCUGCUGCCAAUGGAACAAAUGUAGUGAAGCUUUUUACUGAUGCAAUUGAAGCUGCAGUUGGAUAUAAACUGAACACAACUGACUUUCUUGAUAAAGUGAUGAGAGAACUGGAGAGUUUUGAUGUUGAAGAUGAAGGAAACCUUAGUUUGACAGAUGAACAAAAGAAAAUUUAAAUUUAAAAGUCAAAAGUCAAUUAUUUUCAAUAUUGUGUAAUGUGUUAUUUAUUUUAUGACUUACUUCCUAGGAGUAUCAACUGAAGUGCUUUUAAGAAGUAGAUUGUAAAAUAAACAGCUCAUCACUUAGGACAAAUUUCAGCUAUUUUCCAAUGUCAAUAAAACAAGGAAAGUUUAUACAACUUUACACUUUUAGUUUUGUUAAGAAUACCA